AGGGGAGAUUUAUCACUAGGAAGAGUGCAGAGAAGGCGCUGUUGGGAGGAGGUGGUUAACUUUCAACCUGUUACUGCUACCCUUACACUUCAGAAGGAGCGCGGAGGAGAAAAGAGGAGCGCGGGAAAAGCCAGGGGCGGGAGUAGGGGGGCGAGGGAGCCCGGGAAGGGCCCCCGCGCGCAGCGCGUAGUGGGCCGGCCGCGCACUGAGCGCGCCACGCGGCGCCUCCAGAGGUGGGGGCCUCGCACUGGAGCUGGGGCACAGCACGCUCCACCUCCUCCGACUCUUCCCCAACUCGUGCGGCUGCCACGGCUGCCUCGGCUCCCCGCAGCCCCGGGUUUCGCCUCGGCAGCUGGAGAUGUUUAACCGGGCAGUGAGCAGGCUCAGCAGAAAACGGCCGCCUUCAGAUAUACAUGAUGGUGAUGGGACUCCUAGUAGCAGCCACCAGAAUGUAAAAGGCACUGCAAAAUGGGCGACCUCCUUGGAGAAUUUGCUUGAAGACCCAGAAGGAAUUAAAAGAUUUAGGGAAUUUUUGAAAAAAGAAUUUAGUGAAGAAAAUGUGUUGUUUUGGCUAGCAUGUGAAGACUUUAAGAAAAUUCAAGAUAAGAAACAGAUGCAGGAAAAAGCAAAAGACAUUUACAUGACCUUUUUGUCCAGUAAAGCCUCCUCACAAGUUAAUGUGGAGGGACAGUCUCGCCUAAAUGAGAAGAUCCUAGAGGAACCUCAUCCUCUGAUGUUUCAGAAGCUGCAGGACCAGAUUUUUAAUCUCAUGAAGUAUGACAGCUACAGCCGCUUCUUAAAAUCAGAUUUAUUUUUAAAACACAAACGAACUGAGGAAGAAGAAGAGGAUGCAUCUGAUUCCCAAACUGUAGCCAAAAGAGCUUCAAGAAUUUAUAACACAUGAUCUGGAGAAGAGUGAGAACUGGCAACUGAUUUUUUUUUUUUUUUUUAACUCUCAGGAACCAUGUGGCAUGUAGAAUUGCUUGAUUAUCUAUAUAUGGACUAAGAAUUAUGAAACCUAUUUGUGGUAUUGUGUGUACCUUACUAAUUGCUUGAACCAUUAGUUUUGCAUGAAAGCUAAUCUUGCCCAGGGUCCUUGAAGAAAAAGCUUUUCCAGCUUUUCCCAAAUGACUGAGAGACUUUUUGAUGUUUGAUCAUAUUCAAUAUUUGAAUGGAUUAAGAUGCUUCCAAAAAAGUUUGUCUUUACUUAGGAUAACAGAAUAUUAGAGCUGGAAGAUACCUUAGAGAUCUUUUUUAUUAAAUACUUUCUUCUCUAUUAUUUUUAAAUAGAAUGGGGCACUAAGGCCCAGGGAAGGAAAAAGAAGGAACUUAGGUAAGGUUACACAGCUAGUUAAUGCCACAUAAUAUGCUUAUGGAAAAUAGAUAGACUUUGCUUUUUCAUUUUUUACCCAGAUACCCUCAGGAGGAUAUUUGGGACAUUUUUCCAUAUUUGUCUUGCAAAUUAGUCCAGGAAUUAGUUAUUUAGAUGGUUUAUUUAUUGGCCACCAUAGAGCUUAUCAAUCAUGCAGCCAUGCUUUUUGGGUCUGAACGCUUCUUGAAGGCAAGUAUAUUAAUGAAAAGAAAUGAAUUGUCAACAGCUUGUAAAGAUUUGGGGAGCUGUAUAUGUCUGUGUAAUCAGAGUUAUAAUUUCUUCUGUGUGGAUUUAUGUGUGUAAUCAAUGGGUUAUUAUUUCUUCUGCUUUUCCCUUCCAUGUUUCAUGACAUUUCAUGCAAUAGGCUAUUAGCCUUUCUGAGAAAUCUAGCCAUAUAGCCCAUCUUGACAGAAAUAAGAUCUCAAUUGUGAACAAUAAAUAAAUACAUGGAAAACACUGCAGGGUCCCCAUAGCAACAUAAGCUAUAGUGUAAUGAAAGAAUAAUAUUAAAUGCAUGCUCAAACUCAA